AUAGUACAAAGUCUUACUGACCGUUUCCUUGGCCAUUAAUUUUGCUGUUUAAAGUGCAAACAAAGCUCUCACACUUUGCCCUCACUUUUUUAACCAAAUUAUACAGAAAAGAAAAUCAAGAAACACAUAGCUUCUCUUCUGUUUCUUGAGGUUCUGAUUCCUGAGCUUGAGCUACCUAAUAGUAAUGGCAAUGCAUAGAAUUGCAAUUGGGACCCCUGGAGAGGCUGGCCAACCUGAUGCAAUCAGAGCAGCAUUUGCAGAAUUCUUCUGCAUGAUCAUUUUUGUUUUUGCUGGGGAAGGAUCUGGCAUGGCUUACAGCAAACUUACCAACAACGGACCUGCAACACCAGCUGGUCUCAUUGCUGCAUCACUAUCUCAUGCAUUUGGGCUUUUUGUGGCCGUUUCUGUUGGGGCAAACAUUUCUGGUGGUCAUGUGAACCCUGCAGUCACAUUUGGUGCCUUCAUAGGAGGAAACAUAACCUUGUUGAGAAGUAUUUUGUAUUGGAUUGCACAGUUGUUUGGUUCAGUUGUUGCAUGCAUUCUUCUAAAGCAUGCAACUGGUGGAAUGGAAACAUCAGGUUUUUCUCUAUCCCCUGGUGUGUCUGUGUGGAAUGCAUUGGUUUUUGAAAUAGUGAUGACUUUUGGGUUGGUAUACACAGUUUAUGCCACAGCAGUGGACCCAAAGAAAGGGAAUGCGGGAGUUGUUGCACCAAUUGCAAUUGGUUUUAUUGUGGGUGCCAACAUCUUAGUUGGUGGUGCAUUUGAUGGUGCAUCAAUGAACCCAGCUGUGUCCUUUGGCCCUGCUGUGGUUACAUGGUCAUGGACCCAUCACUGGGUCUAUUGGGUUGGUCCAUUCAUAGGUGCAGCAAUUGCUGCAAUUAUCUAUGAUAAUAUCUUCAUUGGAGAUGAUGGCCAUGAACCUCUUUCAAGCAGUGACUUCUAGAUUAAUGUGUGCUUGUCCUCUCCACAUUGAGGAGUGAAUAAAUUAUUCAUGGUUUCAGCUCCUUUAGAGAUGGUUAAGAAUUAAAAGGUUCCGAGUACUCCAUAUUUUUUGUUCAAGGAAUUAAGAUUUCUCUUUUCUUUGAUGUGAUAGAGAUGAAGAAAGAAUUUUCUAGAUGUAAUCUUUACUGUUAGACCAAUGAAUUUGUCCUUUACAUUAACUUAACAAUGUAUUUUUGGC